CAGAGAGUGAAAACAGGAGAAUGUGUAGGCUGUCAGUAAGAUUCACUCAGAGUCAGCCUCACUAGAGCAAUGACAAUGAACCUGCCUUGACGAUAAACACUUUUUUUUGGAUUUUUAUAUUUUUCACCAUGGCUAGACCAGUUCCAAUUUUUAUCUGGGUAGUAAAAAGUACUCUCCUGGUUUUCAUUCUCGUAGUACCUGUACAUACGCAGGGUCCGGUUGCUUCGUGUGUCCCUGAAAUCAAAGUUCGGAAGAACACAGUUUACGAAUCCUCCAGAGAACGCCGGUUAAACAUCCCCUGCCCGGUGACGUAUUGUGCAGCGGUUCCUGCUGUUGCAUGGAUGAAAAUUGAUGAAACAAGCAAAUACAUACCGAUCAAUGAAACAAAUCACGUAUCAAUUACACAAGAAGAAACAGGGUUGAAGAAUAUUAUAUCAUAUUUGAGCUUUAGGGACAUAUCAACACAUAGCAACGGAGUUUACAGAUGUAAGAUUUUCACAGGGAACUUUUCACUGGAAAGCCACAACAUUAAUAUAAAUGUUUCAGAUUCCAGUUACCUUAGUGCAAAUAACAGCACUGGAUUUUCAGAGACGAAGUCAGAUGUCAGCUGGCUUCUGUACGCCUUUAUCUGUUUAGGAAUACUCGGACUAGUUGUGACCGUGAUGAUGAUCUCUUUCCUGUGCAUAAAUAUAUGUUCAAGAAAAGCUUACAGUCGUAGACACAAAAAUGCAGUGCCCUGUCUGAAACCAAGGAGUGCCCCUACAUCAGGAAAGUCCCAGGAAAUUCCAGAAGAGCAAAACAACAUCUAUGAUGUCCCUACAGAUGAUGUGCACUCAGAGUUGGACUCCUGGCAUGCACAGAACGAUCAGGAAUGCACAUCAGACAUGAGGAAUGGAUACAGGAGUAGUGAUGGAUCACAGCAGAUCGUUUAUGCCACUCUUCAACAUCCUACGGCCCGAGGACCUCCUGCAACCCGUCAUCAAUCAAGAGAACACCUUUCGGAAUAUGCAUCCAUUCGAAUUUCCUAAAAACUUCCUGUAACUGUAGAUAAAACUGUAACAAUCUAUAUACAGUAUAUGAAGCAGAGGAAUUAGAAGAUUUGUAAGCAUAUAGUUG